UCUGCGACGAGCACUCGGACUACAAGGACGCCAAGCUGCUGUACCGCUUCCGCAAGGAUGAUGGGACCUUCCCUCUCAGUAAGGACAUGAAGGUCUUCAUGAGAGGGCAGAGUCUUUACGAGAAGCUGGUGAGCAUGGAAGGAUCAAUUCUGAAGGUGAGAGAGGAGAACUCAGUGAAGUACCAGAGGACUUUCGUGGGUUGUGAGAUGAUUGACUGGCUUGUUCAGGAGGGAGAAGUGGAGAACCGAAAGGAAGCGGUGGAGCUGGGCCGGGCGCUGCUAGAGCAUGGGAUCAUUCAGCAUGUCUCCAAUAGGCAUCACUUCUUUGACAGUGACAACCUCUACCAAUUCUGGACCAACUUUCGACGGAGGCGUCGUCUCACAGAGUUACUCAACGAGAACUCUUCUCGUACCCUCUCCGAGAGCCCAGACAGCCCCUUCUGUCUUCGCAAGCUCAACCCGGACCCAGGCAACACCAGCUUUCUCUCUGUCCAGACCAACAAGGAGAUCAAAAUUGUCUCAGCGGUUCGAAGGAGCAGCAUCACUUCCCUUGCUGGAAACUCCAAUUCCUACUUCAACCCUACUCCUACGCUGAUAUUCCCUCCCGUGGCCGAGUGCAACCCCAAAUCAGUGUUGAAGAGACCUAUCACCAAUGAAGAGCUCCUGUCCCCUGGGGCCCCCUACAUCAAGAAAACACUAACUAUUGUAGGGGAUGCGGUGGGCUGGGGGUUUGUGGUCCGAGGAGGAAGACCUUGCCACAUCCAGGCAGUGGAUCCAGGAGGACCUGCUGCAGCUGCAGGGAUGAAGGUGUGCCAGUUUGUUUUCUCAGUGAAUGGUAUGUACGUUUUACAUCUGGACUAUCAAACCAUCAGCAGCCUCAUCAUGACAGGACCACGAACUCUUGUGAUGGAAGUCAUGGAAGCCGUUGAAUGAGCAAAGGAGUCUCAUCUUACUGCUGUUUGGAAAGGCAGGACAGUCUACUAAGCAAGGAUGGACUGUGGGGAGGGAC